AUGACGUGCAGUCAUCGACUCAACCCAAAGGAGCCCACCAUGGACACGACCAAAGACGACUACACCGGCACUGCCGACAUGCCACAACACACUCCCGCCAAGGCGCCCGAACAGCGCAUCGCCAGCCGCAUUCCCGGCUUCAUCUACGAAUACCGCCUGCAUUCGGACGGCGGCACCAGCGUGCAGUACAUCAGCGAUGCCGUGCGCGAUUUCAUGGGUGUGGAGCCACACGAGGUGACGGCUAACCACGGGGUGCUGAUGCACCGCGUGCUGCCCGAGGACCUGCCCAUGGUGCAGCGCUCGGCCAUCACCUCGGUGCGCAAGCUGGUGCCCUGGCAGUGCGAAUACCGCGUGCGCAUGAACGAUGGCAGCAUCCGCUGGCACAUGACGAACGCGGUCCCGCACCGGGAGCCCGAUGGCUCGGUGGUCUCGCAUGGCUUCACCAUGGACAUCACGGACCGCAAGCGCGCAGAGCAAGAGAUCGAGCGCCUGGCGUUCUACGACGCGCUGACCGGCCUGCCCAACCGGCGCCUGCUGCUGGACCGCCUGCAGCGCUCCAUCGCCAGCUGCCAGCGCAGCAAGAACCAGGGCGCCCUGCUGUUCAUCGACCUCGAUAACUUCAAGGACCUGAACGACACCCUGGGCCACGACAUGGGCGACCAGCUCCUGUCCCAGGUCGCCGCCCGCCUGGUGGGCAGCGUGCGCGAAGCCGACACCGUCGCCCGCUUUGGCGGCGACGAAUUCGUCGUCAUGCUCGACAACCUCAGCAGCGAACUGCAGGACGCCGCCGCCCAGGCAGAAACUGUCGCAGAAAAACUCCUGGCCAACCUGAACCAGCCCUUCGAGCUGGACGGAGGCCAGCACUACAGCACCCCCAGCAUCGGCAUCACCCUCUUUGGAGACACCCGCCUCACGGUCGACGAACUGCUCAAACGCGCCGACCUGGCCAUGUACCAGGCCAAAGCCGCAGGACGCAACACCCAAAGAUUCUUCGACCCCGACAUGCAGGCGGCAGUCAACGCCCGCUCCAACCUGGAAGCCGACCUGCGCCAAGGCCUGGCCCGUGGCGAACUGCUCGUGCACUACCAGCCCGUGGUAGACCACCAGGCCACCUUGCUGGGCGCGGAAGCGCUCGUGCGCUGGCGCCACCCCCAGCGCGGCAUGAUCAGCCCCGCAGAAUUCAUCCCGCUCGCCGAACAGACCGGCCUCAUCCUGCCGCUGGGGCAAUACGUGCUCAAAGACCGCGUGCGAACAGCUGCACCGCUGGAGCCAGCACAGCGCAACCGCCCACCUGUCCAUCUCCGUGAACUGCUGCAAACCCUGCAGCAACACCAGGCCAACCCAAGCAAGCUCAAGCUGGAACUCACGGAAAGCCUGCUGCUGGGAGACAUCGAAGACACCAUUGCCCGCAUGGUGCAGCUCAAAAGCGAAGGCGUGGGGUUCUCGCUGGAUGACUUUGGCACGGGCUACUCCUCAUUGAGCUACCUCAAGCGGCUGCCGCUGGACCAGGUCAAGAUCGACCAGAGCUUCGUGCGGGACGUGCUCAGUGACCCGAACGAUGCGGCGAUAGUGAGAACCAUCCUGGCGCUGGCCAAGAGCCUGGACCUGGAGGUGGUGGCAGAGGGGGUGGAGACGACGGGGCAGCUGUCGUUCCUGCGGCUGCAUGGGUGCGAGGGGUUCCAGGGGUAUCUGUUCGGGCGGCCUGGGCCGAUAGGAGAUAUCGAUGCCUUUCUGUAUCCCGCCGAUUGA